UCCCCGGUCUGUCAUGGCAGCGCCCAGGCCUCCAGCCGGUGUGUGGACCCGAGAUGUUGAGCUUUUUGUCCGCUCGACAGACGGGUUUGGAGGACCCUCUUCGCUUGCGUAGAGCGCAGUCCACACGGAGGGUCCUGGGGCUGGAGUUAAACAAAGACAGGGAUGUGGAAAGAAUCCAUGGCAGUGGAGUUAACACCCUCGACAUUGAGCCCGUUGAAGGAAGAUACAUGUUGUCAGGUGGCUCCGAUGGCGUGGUUGUACUCUAUGACCUUGAGAACGCCAGCAGACAGCCCCAUUACACAUGUAAAGCAGUGUGUUCCGUCGGCAGAAGCCAUCCCGAUGUUCACAAAUACAGCGUGGAGACUGUUCAGUGGUAUCCUCAUGACACUGGCAUGUUCACAUCCAGCUCGUUUGAUAAAACUCUGAAAGUGUGGGAUACAAACACAUUGCAGGCUGCAGAUGUGUUUAAUUUUGAGGAAACAGUUUACAGUCAUCACAUGUCCCCAGCAGCCACCAAGCACUGUCUGGUAGCAGUUGGAACAAGAGGACCCAAGGUACAACUUUGUGACUUAAAGUCUGGAUCCUGUUCUCACAUUCUACAGGGUCACAGACAGGAAAUAUUGGCAGUUUCCUGGUCACCACGCCAUGACUAUAUCUUGGCAACAGCAAGUGCUGACAGUAGAGUAAAAUUAUGGGAUGUGAGAAGAGCGUCAGGAUGCUUGCUUACUCUUGACCAGCAUAAUGGGAAGAAGUCACAAGCUGUUGAGUCAGCAAACACUGCUCACAAUGGGAAAGUUAACGGCUUAUGUUUUACAAGUGACGGCCUUCACCUGCUCACCAUUGGCACAGACAACCGAAUGCGCCUCUGGAAUAGCUCCAGCGGGGACAACACACUGGUGAACUAUGGGAAGGUGUGUAACGACAGCAGGAAAGGGCUGCAGUUCGCGGUCUCCUGUGGCUGCAGCUCAGAGUUUGUGUUUGUUCCCCACGGCAGCACCAUCGCCGUGUAUGCAGUCCACUCGGGAGAGCGGCUCGCCAUGCUCAAGGGACAUUACAAAAGCGUCGACUGCUGUGUGUUCCAGCCUAAUUUCCAGGAACUUUACAGUGGAAGCAGGGACUGCAAUAUUCUUGCUUGGGUACCAGCUUCCUAUGAGCCAGUUCCUGAUGAUGACGAUGAAGCUCCAGCCAAAUCCCAGUUAAACCCAGCAUUCGCGGACGCCUGGAGCAGCAGUGACGAGGAUGGGUGACUGUCAGCCCUGGCUCCUUGUCCAUCAGACUUCCAGGACAGUGUUGUGUGCACUUCAGCACGAGCAGGGCUGUUCUUCCCGUUAUUGUUGUCUUUGAGACAGAGUCUCACUGUGUAACCCUGGCUAGCCUGGACUAGCCUGGAACUCUGUAUAGAACAGACUCGGCUCACACUGGCAGCUGUUCUGCCUCUGCUCCCAGGUGCGGGGUUAGAGGUGUGUACCACGUGGCCCCUCCUGGGCAUGUGUGUGAUUGUUUGUUUGUUUGUUUCAUUGUUUUUAAAUUCUUCAGUCAGUUUUAACCUGUUGAUCCUGAAUUUGGGAUAUUUCCCUGUGUGCUUUAAAAUGAGAUUGAUGUGUAUAAUACCCUGAAAUAUACUUUUCUGUCGGUUAAUUAAUCAAAACUUAUCUCCUUGAGCCCAUUCACCAGGGUGGUGGGCCAGCCCCUAUGGGCACAGCACAAGAACAGAAUUGUUAUUCCCAGCUGGGACCUUCAUAUGUGCAUCCAAGGAGCUGAAAGGUAUGACCGAGGAAGCUCUCAGCUCUGACUCCUGAUUGUGCUGGCAGCCUGCCCUUCCCACCUUCAGGGAGGAGUUUAGCAAGGAGGAUUAGAGAAACUUGCAAAGGUGGCAUCAUAACGCUAGAUUUCUUUACUCAAACUGAAUGGCUUCAUGUAAUGGAGCCUCUUCUCCCUCAUAUUGAAUGUUAGCCGCUCAUGCAUCUUGCAGUGUGAACAUCGUAUCACAUAGGCAAUCCCUGACCACUUUGUAUUGCUUUCAGAGGGCAGCUUACACUCAGUCUUAAUUCCUUCCUGUGAAACUCAGCAAGAUCCAUGCAGGGAUCUAGAUUAAACAUGAACUGUCAUACAAUUGUUCUUUCCUUUUCUUGUGUCAACUCAGGAGUGAUUAUUAUGAAGUCACCUCCAUUCUUGUGUGUGUGUGUUUAAGUUCUGUUGCUGUGAUAAAAUACUCUGAACAAAGACAAUUUAGGAGAGAAAGUGUUUAUUUCAGUUAACCUAGAAUUGUUAACAAAUAAACACUUUCACUGUGACUCACUGUGGAAAAGUCAAGACAGAAGCCUCACAAAGCUAGGCACAUGGCCUCCCAGUCAGAGAAGUGAGUGCGCAGAGCCUUCGCUGCCCAGCUGAAGUGAAGUGACCUCACGGACAGAAAUGGCUUCUCUAACUGAAACUCUUUUCAUGAAUUCUGUGCCGAAAAGUUCCAUCUAGAACAGACAAGGAAAAGAUAGAAAAUAAAACUUUAGAGAAAUUCUGAAGACAAGCCUUGAGUUAUACCAACUGUAAGAUGCAAAUGACUUCAGGCUGGUGUGAACAUGGUGACUGACAAGGGAGGUGGGAACAGGGAGGGUUGUGUGUUUGCAGCAAACCUGGGAAGCAGGAAAUAGUAGUCAUGUUUUUCAUGUCUGGAAUCAAAUGCCUAACAAAGGAGGAAGCAUCGAUUCUAGCAAAUGGUUUGAAUGUACAGGACACCGUGGGGGAAAGAAACAGAUGGUAGGAACAGCGACAGAAGCAGGAGGCAGACAAGAAGGCACAGACAGGACAGGAAGCGGCGGGGCCAGGCAUGAAUGUCAAGAGGUGACUCCACCUCACAAAGAGUCUGCAGUCUCAGAAAAACAGCACUGCCAGCUAGGAUCUGAAUACCAUGGGGACAUUUCACAUUCAUCCACCACUGGUCUCUAUAGGUCCAUGGCCAUCUCAGAAUGCAAAAUGCAUUUGGUUCAACUUCGAAAGUCCCCGUACUCUUUCAAAUCCAACCCUUGAAAGCUCUAAUAUUCCCUUGUUCCUGUAGAAUAGACAAGUAACCAAUCCCAUUCCACAACAGCAGAAAGACUGGACCAAAGCAAGAUGCAGACCCAGCGGAGGGAAGGAAGCUCAAGUUCCACGACUGCACCUGGGCCCAUGAUGGCAUCUUGACUUCAACAGGCUCAGCUCCAUUCUUUAGAUCUGUUGCCAGUAGCACACACGCCUGGCCUUUCUUAGAUCAGUUCCACCCAGUGCCUGGACCUUUCUUCCCUCAGUAGACAUGCCACACUUCUGAUAACUGCAGUAUCCUGGGGUCUCCACUGUAACUUGAACUUCACCUUUACAGUUCAUGCACAGCCCACUCAGGAGCUCCAUGCAGGAAACCUGGCCUCCCUUCCGUGGCUCUUCUGGAAUCUUGGUGCACGCUUCCAUGACACUUGGAGUUUGCAGGGCUGGAAAACUAACUCUACAUAGAAAACACCAAGUGCUGCUGUCCUUACCAGACGUAGCCUGGCACUCUUCAGCCGUGGGCCUCUACCACGCCUAGUCCUUUUUUUGCAAAGAACAUGUGAGUUUCUUCUGUGCUACCUUGAGUGGCUGUUAAAUCUCCUUGACUUCUAGAAUUAUAACAAGUCAUGUAAAGAAACAUUUUUUGAGAUAAAGAUCUCAUGCAACCCAAGUUAUCCUCCAAUUUCUUUUAUGGCCCAGAAUGACCUGGAACUCCGGAUGCUGCCAAUCUCUGGAACCACAGGCACGAGCCAUCACACCUAGUGACUGUGUGUUGCUGAGAUCAGACUUCUUGUAAGCGAGGCAAGCGCUCUCCCAGCUAAGCUGUAAUCAACUCCCUGCAAUAUAAACAAACAUAACCUGUCUCUAUAGUUGUGUCUGGAAUAGUUUCAGAUACAGGGAACUCGGUUCCUUUCUUGCUGUGUAUUUCUAAUCAGAUAACUGACAACUGAAAACAGAGGAAAAGAAGGUGAGCUGUUGUGAUCUCUAUCAGCAUUCUCUGUGUCAGAAUCAGCAAGCCAAUGGCCCACACUCUCUUGCUACUCAUGAAAACUGUAGCUUUUGCACUAAUGUGUACAUUACAUUAUUACAUCUCCUGGUUCGUGCUCCCGCAGGUGAAGAGGGUCCCGAAACCCUAAUUAGAUUUGUUAUUCGGCCAUUGCAUCCGUUGCAUCAAUGUGUGAGACUGGGUUCCUCAAGCUUGUGGUUCUGUGUGUCUGUCAGUGUUUAUUGUGUAAACUUUGCAGAACUGGAGAGUGAAUGGCCCUAGGCUUGACUGGUGGUUUAGUUUCCUUGCCUCUGGUGGUCAGCUCUGGAAAGCAAGUGACUCAGUGAUUUAUACUUCUCUUUGGUUUGUAUUAUUCUUUGUGGCACAGGUGAGCAACAACCUUAACCUAGGGCCUGUUGACAUCUUGGGCAAAGGGCGGCAGCCUAUGACUCAGGCUCUCGCUCCUCAGAGUCCCUCCCUGUCACAUGAUGCUCCAUCAGCACUGCUCUGUACACCGAUAAUUUCUAAAUAAAUACAUCACUCAAA